AUGACAAAGAAUCUGAAUAAAAUCACCAAGAAGCUCUCCAAGAAGAAGGGGAAGCUAGACUCUCUACAUGAGAAAAGCAGAGAUGCAGUUCGCUUGCGACGAGCUGGUGGGAGGGAGGAGAAGCUAGCUCGAGCAGCAGCGACAACAAUGAAGGGAAGACAGAUAUACGUUGAUAGAGUAGCUUUCUUUAGAGAUCAUACAAAAGACCUAGAGGCGCCCCUAACGUCAGAAGGUGCUGUCAGCUUACUCCGGCAAUACCUAGACCGACUCAAGCCAGAGCUACAGGAAGAGCAGGAAGCUCGACGGAAAGGCAGACCUCCAAGCAAGCGCCAGGAAGUCUUGACAGAGAAAAUCGAAGCUGAAGAAAAGGAAUAUCAGACCGGCUUUUGGAUGCCAGACCUAGAAUGCGAGGACAGUUUGCGUCGACUGCGCAAUUGGAAUGAGGAUUGGUCUGCAAUGAGCAACCUCAAAUUCGUCAGACUCAGUAAGGCCGGAGAUAAACGGCCGUCACUGUUCCCGCCCAAGGGGCUGUCAUGA